AAUCAGCAUGGCUGUAGGUGGGCCGUGAGAGCGAAGACGGCGGUCGCCGUUUUUAAAGUCAAACAAGGUGUAGAAAUAAAUUUCCGGUACCGAUGAAUUCGCAACGGUUAGGUCACUAAACUCGUCAAAACUGGAGCGCUGCCGGCUCACCCUGGACCAGGACUUUCGCACGGGUCGUCGGACGCCGGCCUGCUUAUUCUUUUCCCGAAGGGACGCGGAGGAUCGGACCGCCGCCGCGGCGAUUGCUUUUUUACGGCCACUUUCGGAGGCGGAGCCGAGGGGGUGUCCCCUGCUGCUGGGGAUGGCCUUCCAGAAGGCCCCACUGCCGCCGGGCAAGGCACCACCCCUGCACUGAGGAGGAGCUGCCUAUGGCUGCCCUGGACUAGUCCAGCCUGGAUUCUUCCAGAGAAUCUAUGGCCAAGUCUGAAAUUCCGAGCAUCGUGGUCCAGAGCGGAUGCGGUGCGGGCGGGGGGGCGUCCCCCCCCGGGAGUGCGGUGGCCCCUCCCCCCGCGGAGGAGGGGCCGCCCCCUCCGCGCCCCGCCCCCGCGGUCGUGCGCCUGGCCAAGCAGCGCGAGGUGGACGAGGAAGAGCGACCGCAGCGGCCGCCUGCCCCGGCUGCGGCCCCCGUCACGAUACGGCUGGACCGAGAGCCAGAAGAGCCGCCCAACGGCUCGGGGCCGGUUGAGGCCGUGCCGGAGGACGGCGGGGAGGAGGAUGGCGUCUCGUCUCCGGCCUCCACCGCCACUUCUUCGCGGAGCUCGCAGCAGCGGCUCAAGGUGCUAGUGCGCAGCCACGCGGUGCGGGACGAUGCCUCGCCACCCCUGGACUUUCCCGGCGAGGUCGGCCCGGCAGCACCCAGCCCCCAGAUGCUCUCCGUGCAGGGAGGCAAGGGGGGUCCCUCGCCCGGAGGAAAGUCUGGCCGUCUCAGCAAACAGGGAGGCAGCAGCUCCCAGGGGAGCCUGGAGGGCUCCUCUCCCAGCCUUUCCAGGGACUCGAGCACGGAGACGUACACGGACUCGACGGGGGUGGACCUGGAGCAGUUCAUCGUGGACACGCUGCACAAGAACCACAAGGACCGGGUGAUGAUGCUGAAGAUCGAGCAGGACCUGCUCUCCCUCGUCAGGGACAACAAGAGGCAGUCGCUGCGGUUUGCCCAGAUGAGCUCGUACCACCGGAUGCUGGUGCAUCGGGUGGCGGCCUACUUUGGCCUGGACCACAACGUGGACCAGGCCGGCACCGCCGUCAUUGUGAACAAGACACGCAACACCCGGCUGCCCGAGAUGCGCUUCAGGGACCAGAUCCGUGAUGACCUGCUCUCCGAGGAGCCCAAAAAGUCGAUCCUCAAACGGGACAACGCCUCUUUUGAGGACGGCAAGGAGAGCCCCGAACGGCAGUCGUCGACGGACUCGAGGAGGAGCAAGUCGAUCGAGGAGCGAGAGGAAGAGUACGAGAAAGCCCGGGCACGCAUCUUCAACCAGGACGGGGAGCCCUUGGCUGGAGCGCCCAAGGCCUACUCGCUGCUCACCAAGGGGGGCCUGGCGGCGCCCCCCGUGACCAAGGCCAGCAGCUUCGGGGGGGUGUCCCUCCUCCACAGGGACUCGAGCCUCACGGAAGCCCGCAACGCCGCCCUCAGGGUUGCCAAGGCCGACUCGUUCAACGUGAGUUCGUUGCCCACGGUGGUGCAGGCGCCACCCGCGGCAGCGUCCCCCUCCUCUCCCCCUGAGGAGCCUCACGGGCCAAGCCCCGCCGCCCCCGCCGGCCACGCGACACCCAAGCCACACCAGCAGCAGCAGCAGCAGCCCCACUUCUUCGUCACCAGCUGCCAGGUUCCCUGGAGCGGGAGCCCCGGAGCGAGGGAAGGGGCCCUGCCCCUGGGGCCGCUCCAGGUGCCCCCCGGGGCCCUGUGGCCCCUGGCCCCCACCCUGGGCAUGGACCCCUCCUCCAUGGGCGGCCCCCACGGGCCGGGCCUGCUCCUCAACCAGGGCACAGUGUCCCAAGGCCUGUCGAUGGUGUCUCCGGAGGCGGUGUUUCGCUCCCGGGGGGCCCUCUUGCUGAGCCCCCUGGGUCCCCCCCAGGGGGCCCACCCUGGGGUGCCCUACCAGCUGGCGCCCCCCCGGACGGGGCCCAUGGUGGGCCCCCAGCAAACGUCGCCCCAGCUGGUGUACCUGCCCUGCAUGCCACCCCCGCAGCCGGCCUCGGUCCACCACCACCAACAGCAUCACCAGCAGCAUCAGCAGCAGCACGAGCUCCGAGAAGGCAGCUUGGACUCCGGCCCAGUGUACUACGUGCAGCCUGCGGCACCCUUGGGCGGAGGUGCCUCCGGCCCCGCUCACGGAUACGUCUCUUCGGUGGCCGAGGUGACCGCCCAGCCGGCCCACCACAACCCACAGGGCCUGGUGGCAGGUGGCGCCCCGUUCCCGGUUCUGGGCUACUACUCCCCGCUGCAGCCUCCGCAGCAGGCCCCGCCCCAGCUGAACAACGGGGCAGGGGACGGCGGCAUGGCGGCCUUUCUCGGGGGCGGGGCCUACGGGGGCGUGCCCCAGGAGGCCCCGCCCACCCCACCACCCCUGGCCCAGCAGGGCCCGCCUGCCCAGCAGCACCUCGUGCCCAUGUACCUGGUGGCCGCGAGCCCCUCCGCACCCACCGCUCAGGCCCCCAGCCUGUCGCUGCGCUACGUGGCGCUGCGCCCCCAGACCCCUCCGGGCGUCCUCCCUGCCACCAUGCUGCCGGUCACCAGCCACCACCCGGUGCACCACCACCAGCAGCAACAGCAGCAGCAACAGCAGCCUCACCAGCAGCCCCAGGGCGGCCCCCCGAUGGGCUACACGCUGUGCUCGGGGGGUUCCCACCAGCAGCAACAGAUGGCACCGCUGGGGCUCGCUGCCUUCCAGGUGCUGCGCCCGGGCCCGCCCCUGGGGGCCGGGGUGGGGGGCGGGGUGCGGGGGGGCCCCCUGGUGCUGCCCGCCCAGCUGCCCCCCGGCCAGGGGCCCACCCUGAUGGCGGUGGCUCCCAAGCCGGUCAGCCUGCUGGGCCACCACCACCACCACCACACCCCCUUCACGGUGGCAGACACGGCGGACGUCCAUAGGGCACCCUCGGAGGCACCCUUUGGUGGGGGCCCCCUGGACGAGGCGGCGCUGCAGUGUCCCCCGGCACGGGGGGCCCGCCACCCCCUUCCGGUGCAAGUGGCGCAGCCCACGGGCGUGGCCGCCCUCUACCAUCGGGGGCUCUCCCUGCUGCCCGACCUCCGCCUGCUGGGCCACCCUCUGCAGCAGCAGCCGCCUGUCCCGGCGGGCCCCCCGUUCCCCCUGCGCCCACAGCAACUGGUGCAGCUGGCACCGAGGCUCUGCUCGCCCCCCUCCCCGGGACCCCCUAGUCAGGGAGGGCGGGGCCCCAGGGGGGGCAGGAGGCGAGGUGCAGGGGCCCCCAGGGGCGGCGCUCCCACUCCCCCGAGGGGUGACGGCGGUUCUCCGGCAGCGCCAGGGGCCCCCCAGCAGGUGCUGGAGGUGACCGGACUGCGGGAAGGGCUGGACCCCUCGGAGCUGGAGCGGCAGUUGGAGCCCCUGCUGGCCCUGGGGGCCCGGCUGCAGCCGCUGGGGCCUCCUCGGGGGGUGCAGCAGGCCCCCCAGCGCAUCCUGGCGGUGUUCGAGUCUCCCGCCGCCGCCCAGGGGGCACUGGCCACCCUGCGCAGCCCCCUGUUUCAGCUGCGGCCCCUGCACGGCCCCCAGCCCCCCAGCUAACCUCGCUCCCGCCCCACCGGCCCCCGAGCCCCUUCCCCCAUCCCCCCGGAGGGGAAAGGCGGGGCCUCCCCCCGUCGCCCCCUCCGUCUUGACGACGGCCCUUCUCAUUUUUCCGCUGCCGAGGGGUCACGUUUGGGCGGGACUGCGGGAUCUCGCGCUUGACGUGUUCGGGUUUUCUUUCUUUAAGAAGGGGUGCGAAGGGUCACACUCUCUGCUCCCUCCUUUUUCUCUUUCCUGUGCAUAACGAAAGGCUAGAAACCUCCUCGACGUUUGUGAAUCUGGGCACGGCUUUUGGCAGUUCGCGCGGCACAGAUCUGUUUUUAGUUGGAGUUGGAGCUUUUUUUCUUUCCCAACAAUGUUUCGGCUUCCGCAGCACAACGGCCCUCGGCGAGAGCGGGCCAGCGAGACGCGCCGUUGUCGUCUGUGCUCUUUCUCUGGUGGUUGGCACAAUCGGGCGACUGAGCAUAAAACGCAGCUCGACGGACGCUUCCUCCGAGCACUCUGUGAUGGAGUCCUCGAGACGCCUUCCUUUCCGCAGCCACUUUUUGGGUGGAGGGGACAGUCCCGCGAACGUGUCCUCGUGACCCCGCAGUCCCGCUCGAGGGGGCAACCCGCCCCUGAAAUCCCGGGGGCCCCGCUGCACUCGCGGUGCACGUGGGGCGCCCUCCCUGUCCCCUCGGUCUGGGAGUGCAACGGCGUUUCGUGUCAAGUGGUCGGUGCAGUGCCAAACGCGGCGAGUGAUUGUGGAAGGUGCAGCGGCGGCCGUCCCGCCGGUCGAAAGACUCGCGAGGCUGCAGUGCCAAGACCCACGAAAGGCAGGAUGGGACACUUUUGUGCGAGAAUGCGCCACUUGUGUUUGUUUGUUUGUGUCCACCCUUGGUUCUUUCUGACCCGAGGGAAAAGACUAAGUUAAUUUGUUGAACAGAACUUUAGAAAACAAAGAAGCGCGCCUAUUUAUUGCAGUUGGAUGCUCGUUGAAAAGUGAUUGUCGGCUUGGAAACGUGAUGCAGAAGUGCGUGACUGCGUGCCAAGACGGGAUUUGCGGGCAGCGAAGGAGUUGGGAGUGUUUUGUGGAAGGCAGUUUGGCAGAAGGAAGUCAAAGGGGAGAUUCUUGCCUGUUUGUGCAAGGGUGAAAAGAUUUUUUUUUUUUUUUAGUUCUCGUUGGAUUUAGUACGAAGUUUCCCUAAUGGUAUAGGGCGUACGAAAGUAGCUUUCUUGAGAGGCGCAUCACCGUUGCGUUUCGUCGCAGGUGUCGGAGCAAACGAAAACCGACGACGACUGCGGUGGUGGCGAGUAGGCCUCACUCGUGUUCUCUGGUCACGACGUUGUCGUCCUUGUUAAGACCUUUCGGUCACUCGUCGGAGCGAGAACGGCCGUCGAGGGACUUUCUCGCUACGACGAAGGAAGGGGGGGACUCUGUUCACGUUUGCUUUCGGCCAUGCCUGGCGUUUUUACACAUUCCGAGACGUGCAGCAGGCUAGCAGCAGCUUCGCCGGAGAAGCAAUGGCCGACGAGGCGAGGUCACACGAGUGCGCUAAUCGUGCCCAACCCCCCGGACUCGUCCCGAUAUGCAAGAAAAACACAAAAAAAGUGCCACCUUCCAAGGCCCCCCCCAGCCUCCCCCCCACCCCCCUUCGAGCUCACUGCUGAGACACGGCCCACGCUGCUGCUACGGAAACGCUUCUUCAGACCUCUUCGUACAAAGACGGAGGCCGGCGCCCCCUGCCGGGCCAGAUGCAAGCCAAGCUCAAACACGAGGUUCCCUCCGUGGCCCCGCCGGGGCGGGGGUCCGACCCCGACCGCUCCUAGUCCGGACCCCCGCCCGCCCCCAAGUGGGCCCCACCCGACAAUGGCGCCUCCCGGCGUCGCCGAGGAAGGACGGAUACUUCUCUGGAGGAAGGACUCUCUCAAAAUCGGACCCGCAGAAAAGUAAAAGCGGCGAAAGAAAAAAAGAAAAAAAAAAGAUGCGGUAGAAUUUUUCUAGGUGUUUUUUUACGUUUUUUUUACAUUGCCAGAAUUGUUUUGUGGUGUUACGUCCCAUGCUGCAAUCACUCAUGUUAGGAAGACGAAAAAAAAUAAACCUGUUGGAAUUUA